AUGGCAGGCUUUGCAUACCAUCAAUACGUGGACUAUUCAAACCCGACCACUCCCCGCGUGUACGCCUGGGAGGUCGCGUCCUCAGCAUCAACCUCAGAACACGACCCAACGCUGCAACUCCAAGACGUGUCCCCGCCCCACCACCAGCCUCAACAGCUCCAGCCCCAAAUCUCACCUAGCCAGCUACAUCUUCAGCAGCUUCCGCCUCCUCUGCCUCCUCACCAUCUACAGCAGGUUCACCAGCAGCCCUCGCCGCCGCCGCAGGAGCCUCCUCAAUCACAAUUUUCAGUUCAAGGGCACUACGCCCCCCGUCAGCCUCAACCGCAGCUCCAGACAAUCCAAGUACGACCUGCAGCGGUCUCCACCCAGCCCCAGUACCGCUUUGAAACGAUCACCGAGGAAGACUUCGUGCCGGGCCCGACGGGCGGCUCCUCACGCCGACGCGCCUCUUCCAAGCCCCCAUUACAGGUUGACACCUCCGCGUCGACUUCGACGCGUCAGGGGUCGUCGUCGGUGCCCGCGGGGAGCCCCGCGGCUCUGUCCGCGGGCGCAGGACCGGCCGCGCAUCCGUACCGUCGCCCGCAGUCGGUGGACGCAGGCGCAGGACCGGCGCAUGUGAGAGCGCGCCGAGUGAGUGACCAGGGGCAGCCUUCGGGCGCGCAGACGCCUGGCGGCGCGGUGGGCGGCGACGGCACGGCGGUCGUGCCGCCCACAGUUGGGACGUCGAUGGGCGCGCCGUGUCCGGCAGCGGACGCGUGGCGUGAGGGGCUGCUCGGGCUGCAGGCGGCGGCGGCGGCGGCGGGGAUGGACACCAGUUUCUCGAUGGAGGGCGCGUCGCUGGUGUCGUCGACGCGCCAGCUCGGCGCGCGGCGGUACGCGAUCCGCGCGGACGUGCACUACAGCGCGGAAGAGGGCGUGAUGACGGCGAUGCUUGAGCUGCCCGGCGUGAAGCGCGGCGACCUGCGCGUCACGCUUUCCGUGUGUCCGUUCAGUCGUGUGCGUCAAGUGAGCAUCGCGGGCACCGCGCGCUCCCUCCUCCCCAGCACCGGCCACGGCGUGCGCGAGCGCAAGUUCGGCGAGUUCUUCAGGACGCUAGCCGUCCCCCCGGAGACCAAGCCUGAAGACGUCGCGGUCAGCCUCGAAGACGGCAUCCUCACGCUGAAGAUACCCUGCGGCGCGCCGGCCGCGCCAGAAGCCCCGCAAGAGAUUGCCGUGCUGUGA